UCCACUUUCACUUGCGACACACACGAACAGUUCACUCACUCGUUUCCAGCCACAAAAGUUACAGUUCAGUUAGUUUUUUUUAUUGCUAAAGACAGUGCUUGUUGUGUGGUGAUGUUUUAGCAGUUCCUGGGACUUAUUCUACGUGUAACAUGCCUCUGCUUCAAGAAAACACCCCCAAAAGAGAUAUCUUGUCCUCAAGGGAGGAAGAUUCCUUGAAGAGUCCUUUGACAAACGUUGGGUAUCCAGCGUUCCCGAACCCAGCCAUGUUCACUCCAUCGCAAUUAUUAAUGGCCAGCCAAUUAAUGGCAGCCACCGGACUUGGAAAUCCUGCCUUUUUCCAUCCGGGCCUUAUGCCCAUGGCCUGGCCCGCAAAUUCCCCUCCGUCGCCACCGACCAGCAACGAACAACUAUCUCCGGCCUUGAAGUCCAGAAAAGUCAACAACAAUAACAACAACAAUAACAACAUAGUAACCAGCACCAGCGUAGACAGCAGGAAAAGAAAGACCACCUGGAAAACCGAAGAAGACAUUUCCCUACCCCUAUCGUCGCCAACAUCCAGCUCAUCUCCGCCCUCCAGCACCGAAGCCAAAGAACCAAACCGCGACAAACAAUUCACCUGCGGCGUGUGCAACCGAUCGUUCGGCUACAAGCACGUCCUGCAGAACCACGAGCGCACCCACACCGGCGAGAAACCCUUCGAAUGCCCCGAAUGCCACAAGCGAUUCACCCGCGACCACCACCUCAAAACCCACAUGCGGCUGCACACGGGCGAACGGCCCUACCACUGCGAACACUGCGACCGCCAGUUCGUGCAGGUCGCCAACUUGAGGAGGCACCUCCGCGUCCACACCGGCGAACGGCCCUACUCCUGCGAGCACUGCACCGCCAAAUUCUCCGAUUCCAAUCAGCUGAAAGCCCACAUGCUGAUCCACACGAACGAGAAACCGUUCUCGUGCGACCGAUGCCACAGCCGGUUCAGGCGGCGGCACCACCUUCUGCACCACAAGUGCGGCGUGCCGGAGAAGGAGAUGAGCCCGGUGUCGGACGAGACCGAGGAGGACCUGAGGUCCAGGCGGGCGCUCCAUCCGCCGUCCAUUCCGCUGAUCACGCUCCCGUUGCACGUGGCUUUGCCCGAACAAACCGAGCCGGAGGAUUUGUCGAUGAGCACGGGGAUGCACUCGCACAGUAGCGGGGGCGAUUCGCCGAUGUCGCGGAGUCCCAGCUCGCACGAGGACGAGUACGAGCACCAGGAAGUGGCGCUGUUCCUCCAGCGACGACCUGUUCUAGAUCACUCCUAGUCAUUGUAGAUGUAUAUCGAUUUACGGGUAUGUUGAAUCAAAGUAUUCCAAUUUAAUCAGGGAUAUUUUCUUUUAUUAUUUAAUUUGUAUUAUACAGAAUGUUUUGUACAGUCAGGUAUACAAGUUCCUCCAACCAAUAGCCUAGUUUGUAAUCUUAUGUAUUCGGUGUUUCGUUUGAACGGAUAUGCUUUGUACACGAAAAGGCAAAUACUAAUUUUUACCGGAGCUUCAACGAGUUUAAUUGUGACAAAUUUCAAUUUCAAAACUAUUUCUUCAUGUAGAUGUAUAUAAUGAUGUUUUAUGUCCCUUUUAACUAAUGCUUAGAGUUAAUUAAUUCAAUAAUUAAGUGUGUAAAUAGAUUCGAAAUUCAUUAAAUUACACACGGCUAAAAUUCUAAAGAUUGUAAAUAUUUCGUCGAUUUUAUUUAGUGUCUAGUACAAGUAAUAUUAGAGUGGAUGAGUAUCCGGUGAGAUGCAUUGUCAAUGCAGCAUAAUAAAACUUUCCAAGAAGUUAUAUAACAAAAAUUACGCAAAUAUGAAUUUUAUGUAGAAAAUCCAAUAGAAAAAGGAACGACGGUCUCGUUGUCCCAUUUUACCUGGAAAUAACGGCGUGCAAAGUGCAAGUUUGGCCUCGUUUAAAUUGCCCAAAUUUGCAUAUCGGCUCAUAAAUUGCAGUUUGAAAAGGUCUCGAAGACAAGGUCGGUUUUUGAUUUAUAUAAGGGCUUUGUGCCGUUUCGCGUCGGUUUUUGAAGUUUUCAAAGUCAUUAUUUUAGCGAAAACCGCCUGUAUAAUUGACCGAGCCGUUCCCGAAAUGACAAGGGUUUAAUCCUUUAAUGGGCAGUUUGCACGUUGCGACCAAAGAGGCAACAAUUACUGUUAAUUAACGUUCGAAAAACGGAUUUUCUUACCUUGGCCAUAACGAUUUUUUUGAAGUUGAAAUUUGAACUAUCACAGAACUCUUUCAGUGUAAAAGAGGUACGAGGAAAACUUGUUUGGAAACAAGUUUUUAAUUUACACGUUUCUUUUCACACAAUCAAUUGAAAAGUGAUACCGGCGUGAGUAAUUUUAGUAUUUGCCGUUUUGUGAAACGACUCUCUUAUGAUGUGAAUUUUUGUACAUAGUCUACACAUAUCAAAUUAUAUUAAAUGUAAGUAUUAUAAAGUGUGGUUUAUUGUUUUCCUCUCUAUAUGUAAAAGGUGGCUGUUUCGUAAUAAUUGUUAUUAAUUUUUUUUGUUGAUUGUCGGCGUAUGUAUUUUUGGUGGUCCAAUACAUAUUUAUUUGCAAUAUUUGUAAGAAGGGAACCAUUAUCUUAAAAUUAUAUGUGCCAUUUAUUUAUAUUUGACGAGUUGUUUAAUGGUUUUAUUAUUUUUAUUUGCGAUGGGUGUAUAGAAAUUUUUGUUUAAAUUUAUUUACGAUAAAUAACAGGGUUACCAAAAUAAUAUUAGUUUAGUUGAUAAAAUAUUCUGAUGAUAUUUGUUGUUUCUACUAUAGUUAUCCGAUGCGUCACAAAACCCAUUUACCAUUAUAUUUUUUGUAUUUAUGUAUAUAGUUUAUAAAACAAAAUGGCUUUUGUGAAGCAUCGGGUUGAUCUAAAUGUGGCUACUCAGUAUUCUUAAGAUGAAUAAACAUUAAAACCAAUAUCUACCUCUGAGUACCUCUCUUCUCUUUCCAUAUGAAACUUAACAAGACUGAUUUUUAUUAGAUUCCUACAGAUAUAUUACAGAUUUAUUAUAGACAUUUUGUAAAUAAAACCAAUAUGUAUGUGAUUGCGGAUCAGGACAGGAACAUCGAACAAAUUGAUCGAUCUGCAAACAUGUAUUGAUCAUGACUCUACCUCAUCCAAAGCUAAGUACAAACGAACUAGACAAAGACUGAUUUAAUUUUGGUCGAAUAUUUAAGGAUUCUGAUCCGCUUUACGCGAGGGGUUUCGGAUUAACAAAAUUCAUGUCGACAAAAUUAGAUCAAGGCAUUCCGAUUUGUUAUGUUCCCUCUAUCCAUGUGUUACCCCCGAACCAAUGUGAUCGUUCGA